UAUACAGUGGGGCCUUGUUGUUUAUUUUAUACGAAGUAGUAUGUAUCCAUUUAUCCCAAACUCCUUACUUUUGGGUUUUGAAGUCACUGGAUGUAGUAAGAAAUCUCUCUUUAAAUUAUCAAAGGGAAAAACUAAGGUAUUUUUGGAUGCUCCCUCUCCUUGUUUGAAAUCUUGUUGUCGACCUGGGUGCUGGCACGCAGGGACCCUCUCAGCUGUCCCCGUCCAUCAUCUCAUGAGAUGAAGCGUUUGUCUAAGUUUUGCAGUAGGGUGUUUGUUUUCCAAAAAGCCUGCGAGAGGUGAGACAAAUGGUUCGACUUAAGUGUGGUGUGACUGCAUCGGGAAGCAGUGAAACCACGGCAGCGACACUGCAGCAUCACAUCACCAUGGCAACGGGUGGAAAUAAUGGCCCCCUUCGGGAAUAAAAGAGAUCUCAAAUCCUGUUGCAGACAAGUAGCAUUGGUUGUCUGCAGUAGAGAUGGCUUCCGAUGAUUGUUUCAGAAAUUCCUUAUCAACAGAAAAUGAACAAGAAGUGGCGUCUUCAGAAAAUGAAUGGAUUUACAGACAAGUAACGUGAUCAUCUAAGACGCCUGGGAAGGCAGGGUGACAAUGUGACUAGCCGAUGAGGAGGUGCCAAGGGCAAUCGGUGCAUGCUGCUCUUCCAGGACCUGCUGGAAGCCUGGUCAGUGGUCCUGCCGCACGGGACAGGACUGUGGUCAACCUGUGCUGCCGUCUUUCCUGGCCUUUCCACCUCUGGAUUCUUGCUUUAUUGGAGGCAGACAUAACUGGGACUUCUACGAAAGAGUAUAUAACUACCUACCACAGUCCUUGACACAUAGGAAGUACUCAGUGAACAGAACUUCAGAUCCAAUUCUCAGGGCAAGGAAGUCAGUGCUUGGGGCUGGUGGUAGGAACUGUAACGGUACUGGCCACAGUGGUGACGGAGCAAGACAUCGUAGCGAACCUUCCUCGAGACAGUGUGCUGCUUUGGCGCGUUGGUUGUGUCCUGGUUCCUUCUGAGAGAUGUGUAACUGGUUACACCUCUCUGCACAACUUGGUGCCUCCUGGCUCUAAUAAACCCAUCCAUGGGGAAGGCACUUCCUUUAUGAAGGGGCCACAUUUCCGGGCAUACAGCUCAACCCAUAGAAUGUGAAAGAAAAAAACUCUGUUUAAAAAAAAAAAAAACUUCCACUUUAAUGCAAAAGAAGAACUUGGUCAGAACAGGCAGCUGCUGUGGGAGCUUCAGAUUUUCAGAUAACAGACUGGAGAGUAAAAACUGGGGGUCCAUUUCCCCUUUUCUUUCGGGAAGUGCUGUCGAGAGAAAGCAGAUCUUUCUGUUAUAAGUCCUCUCUUCAAAGCAGCAUCGUGCCUGAAAUAGAAUUUCCUCCAAGCUGAGUGGGAAACUCUAGAAUAAAAGAUUUCUACCUUGGAAGCCUGUUUGGGGAAAGGCACGCACCAUACAUGUGCUGGAGUUUUCCUUCACGUUUUCUUCGCUUUCUGUUGUAUUUCAGUUUCGUUUCGCCUUGAAGGAAUUCAGGGGGAAGUAGAACACUGGUUGGCAACUUUUAUUUGGAAAGGAAAUCUGAAGCGUGGGGGGACUCAGAUGGGUCUUGCCGUGCCCUUUCUUGCUCUCUGCGGGCUGUGAUCCCUGCUUCUUCUGGAUGCCCGGUGCCUUCUCUGCUUCUGCCCUUCCAAGCGCAGUGCACCGGUGGGCUUUGAUGACCCUGCUGGGACCCCUGACUGCAGCAGCCAGCAAUCGAGAUGCCUUUCUUUCAGCCGGACUCUUUCUCCACCACCUUUCUUCCUGAUUUAUUUUAAACUUCAAAAAAAAAAAAAAAAGAUACAAUACCAGUGCCAAUUAUAAAUUUAUUUGUGAGUGUUGAUUUCCACUAGAGAUGAGCAAUCUCUCCUGACACUUUUUUUCCCCUGCUGGAUUUUGGGCUCUGAUUUCUGAUGACAUAGUCUGGGCACUGGCAGCUGCUAGCUUCACAAGGAGAACUACAGAGGGAAUACCCACGUAAAUUAUGGAUCGCCUUUUGCAUCAGUAGCCUGCCUGGCAAUGUUCAGAUUGUCAGUCAGCAAGACUCCGGUGCCGUGGACAUGGGUUUGAAUGAGUUGAUCACCUCGGGGCUGUUCAGAAAGCCUUGCUCUGGUCGCUAUGGAGCCCUUCUGUCCGUUCCUGCUGGCCGGUGUUAGCCUGCCCCUCGCCAAGGCUCUCAAGGGCAACGAGACCACCACCACCACCACCACUGCUCAGAGCAACUGGACCUCCACGACCGCAGGCCCCCCGGCCCCCGGCACGCCGCAGCCCCUGCUGGCCUGGCUCCUGCUGCCCCUGCUAGUCUUCCUGCUCUUUCUGCUGCUCGCCGCCUACUUCUUCAGGUUCCGGAAGCAGAGGAAGGCGGUGGUCAGUGCCAACGACAAGAAGAUGCCCAACGGGAUCCUCGAAGAGCAAGAGCAGCAGAGGGUGAUGCUUCUCAGCAGGUCCCCGUCGGGGCCAAAGAAGUACUUCCCCAUCCCCGUGGCACACCUGGAGGAUGAGAUCCGUGCCCGCUCGGCGGAUGACUGCAAGCGGUUUCGGGAAGAGUUCAAUUCUCUGCCGUCUGGACACGUGCAAGGAACUUUUGAACUGGCCAAUAAAGAAGAAAACAGAGAAAAAAACCGAUACCCCAACAUCCUUCCCAAUGACCAUUCCAGGGUGAUUUUAAGCCAAGUGGAUGGAACCCCGUGUUCAGACUACAUCAACGCGUCCUACAUAGAUGGUUAUAAAGAGAAGAAUAAAUUCAUAGCCGCUCAAGGUCCCAAACAGGAGACAGUGAAUGACUUCUGGAGAAUGAUCUGGGAGCAGAAAUGUGCAACCAUCGUGAUGCUGACGAAUCUGAAAGAAAGAAAAGAGGAGAAGUGCUAUCAGUACUGGCCGGACCAGGGCUGCUGGACGUACGGGAACAUCCGGGUGUGUGUGGAGGACUGCGUGGUGCUGGUGGACUACACCAUCCGGAAGUUCUGCAUUCAGUCUCAACUCCCUGAUGGCUGCAAAGCGCCUCGGCUGGUCUGCCAGCUGCACUUCACCAGCUGGCCCGACUUCGGGGUGCCUUUCACCCCCAUCGGCAUGCUCAAGUUCCUGAAGAAAGUGAGGACGCUCAACCCCGCGCAUGCCGGGCCCAUCGUGGUCCACUGCAGUGCGGGUGUGGGCCGGACGGGCACCUUCAUAGUGAUCGACGCCAUGAUGGACAUGAUGCAUGCAGAGCAGAAGGUGGAUGUCUUUGACUUCGUGUCCAGAAUCCGCAAUCAGCGGCCUCAGAUGGUUCAGACAGACAUGCAGUACACGUUCAUCUACCAAGCCUUACUGGAGUACUACCUCUACGGGGACACCGAGCUGGACGUGUCCUCCCUGGAGAAGCACCUUCAGGCGCUGCACGGCCCCACCGCCCACUUCGACAAGAUCGGGCUGGAGGAGGAGUUCAGGAAACUGACAAACGUCCGCAUCAUGAAGGAGAACAUGAGGACAGGCAACCUGCCCGCAAACAUGAAGAAGGCCAGGGUCAUCCAGAUCAUUCCAUACGACUUCAACCGCGUGAUUCUCUCCAUGAAGAGGGGCCAGGAGUAUACGGACUACAUCAAUGCGUCCUUUAUAGACGGCUACCGGCAGAAGGACUACUUCAUCGCCACGCAGGGGCCCCUGGCGCACACGGUGCAGGACUUCUGGAGGAUGGUCUGGGAGUGCAAGUGCCAUGCGAUCGUGAUGCUGACCGAGGUGCAGGAGAGAGAGCAGGAUAAAUGCUACCAGUAUUGGCCAACAGAGGGCUCAGUGACUCACGGAGAAAUAACUAUCGAAAUAAAGAGCGAUACCCUUUCUGAAGCCAUCAGCAUACGAGACUUCCUGGUCACCUUCAAUCAGCCCUUGGCCCGGCCGGAGGAGCAGACGCGGAUGGUGCGGCAGUUCCACUUUCACGGCUGGCCCGAGAUUGGGAUCCCGGCCGAGGGCAAAGGCAUGAUCGACCUCAUCGCGGCCGUGCAGAAGCAGCAGCAGCAGACCGGCAACCACCCAAUCACCGUGCAUUGCAGUGCUGGAGCUGGGCGGACGGGGACUUUCAUAGCACUCAGCAACAUUCUGGAACGGGUCAAGGCUGAGGGGCUUUUAGACGUAUUCCAAGCUGUGAAGAGUUUACGACUUCAGAGGCCACACAUGGUGCAGACCCUGGAACAGUAUGAAUUCUGCUACAAAGUGGUCAGAGGUCAGAGGAGGAGCCCAGCUGGACAGACAAAAGCACAACUUUGUGGGUGCUGCCAUGCCACCAGCUGCAGCCCUGGGCUCCUCACGCAGCCAACCGCCGCCCCCUCCCUUCUGGGUGCACUGGUUAUGAUUUUGGGUCAAAGAGGAACACAGAGGGAGCUUCGCAAGACGCACCAGGUGGCCUCAUUUGUUUCCAUUGUUAAAGUCCCGAGCCCGAAGUCCUUCUUUGACUAAAGGGGAAGAGAGAGAAAACUGAGCACCGAAGCCUAGACACGGAGCUGCUGUUUGCAGUGAUGGCAACACGGGAUCGCAGCGCCCAAGGGCCUGGACAGGGCCAACUUCAGGAGCCGUCACUGAGCGUCCUGCAGGCCCUUUCGUGGUCUAGCUGGCAUCUCGUGUCGUGGGAUUAGGGUAGACCUUUUCAGGGGUGCCCUCGAGGAAGCACCCCGUUUGUGUGUAUUUCCGGCCCCUUGGGCCAUCGCCUGCGUCUGCUGAGGCUCCACGCUGGUGGUUCUGAGAACAGAGCAAAUGCCACUGGCCCUGGGGUGCUCCCUCCACAAUCACGGCAGCACUUGCCUCCCGGGGGGCUGUCGCCAGCCUCCGGGCCCCUGCCAUCACCCCGCAGCUCUGAUUCCAGCCUCGGUGGGCGUUCCAGGACUCCACAUCCUGUCUGUCUUGCCGUGAAAGUUGGCACCUCCUCCCCUUGGGUCAAAGAAAGUCCAUUGUACAUAACUGAACAGCGCCAUGCUGGUAAAGUCCUUUUUCCUUUGACGUGUUUCUCUGUUGCAUGCGGUUGCAUUCAAAUGCCAAAUAGCGAUUAGAAGACGACCAAUUCUGAUCUCCUUGCUUUAUUGGUCACUGUGUGACUCUCUUUACUGUUUCUUUCCAUGUGCUCUAUGAAUGAAGACUGCGUACCAGUGUUUUAAAAGGUAUUUUUAUGUAUUUUUUAAAACUUUUUAAAAUGAGCCUGAUGCCUCUGUUUCAGCAUUUGGAGACAUGCCUUUUUUUUUUUUUUAAUGUAUGAUUACUGAUAUUUCUGUUGUGUUUAACUAAGUUGUGUUUAAUUUAUGUGCAAUCUUUAUAAUAUAUGUAUGUUUUCUGGUUUCAACUAUCAUUUUUUUUGUUUUAUCCCAUUUCUCAUUUGAUCUUGCUCUGAUUCCAAUGCCAGUGAAUGUUGCUGAAUUUGUAUAUGCAAAUUGCAAGAUCCAAAAUAUUCUGUUGCAAGGAUAAAUCUUUACUUUGACUCUCA